AUGGGGAAAAAAGAUAAAAAAGAUAAAAAAGGUAAGAACGAACAAAGAGAUCAACAAAAUAUUCACACGCACGACUACGAAAAUUCAAACCAAAUGUUUAUAAAUGUAGAAACCAAUCAAAAAGGCGGAAAGAGCAAGAAAGACCAUACGGAAAGCAAACAACCUAUACCCAUACUACUACCACCCGAGAAUUCAACUCCGGCUGAUAAUGCAGAAAUAAAUGUGGGUACAGCUCCAGCAAAUCAACGAACUCCUGAAAAAAACGGGACUAAAGAUAGGCGUAGGAGAAGAAGACCAAAGAAAGCCGGUAUCUUUAAGAGAGCAUUUUCAUUACUUACAUUUAGAAAUUUAUUCGCUCUUUAUGUGUUCUUAGUCCUUUUCGUCUGUCAUGGUAAAACUCGUGAGCAAUGUUCUCAAUGGCCUCUCGAAGGACUUUGCUUUAACGGAAUAUCUCAAUAUAUUCUUACUCAUGACUUAUUUAAGUACAUUGAGCCGGGGGUUACAGAAAUUAAAAGUUUAAGUUCUAAAUAUGGAAAUCAAGUUUUGAAUACGGUUUCAGUACAAUAUGAAACUCAUGCCAAAGCUUACGUAGAUCCACUUUUAAAAGCUGCUGAACCUCACGUGCAAACAGUCAAAGAAUUAUCGAUUGAAUAUGUUUAUUCUCCUGCUCUCGUGGGUAUUGAAAAAACUCAAGAAUUUUAUGAUCAACAUGCCAAAGAACAUGUUGAAAAUUAUUAUGGUAAAGCCAAAGAAUAUGCUACCCCUAUUUUAAUCCAAUCACAGGAGCACUCCAAUAAUAUUUAUGUGAUUAUGACAGAUUACAACAAAAAUAAAAUUAAACCUUGGUAUCAUAAAAAUUUUAUCCCAUUUGUUGAAGAUAAAAAAGAAAAACUGAUCGAUUAUUAUCAUACAAAAGUAAUUCCCUUCACCGAAAAGGCAAAAGAGUUCGUCAUAGAAAAAUCCAAAGAAUCAGCACGUCAAGCCAAAGAAGAAGCAGAACGCAAACGUAAGAAGAUGAAAGAAGAUGAACGUAAGGCUAAAGAAGAAGCUAUACGUAAGAAAGAAGAAACUGAACGUAAGGCUAAGGAAGAAGCUAGACUUAAGAAGGAAGAAGCUGAGCGUAAGGCUAAAUUGGAAGCCGAACGUAAAGCUAAAUUAGAAGCCGAACGUAAAGCUAAAUUAGAAGCUGAACGUAAAGCUAAAUUAGAAGCUGAACGUAAAGCUAAAUUAGAAGCUGAACGUAAAGCUAAGGAAGAAACUGAACGUAAAGCUAAAUUAGAAGCGGAACGUAAAAUCAAGGAAGAAGCUGAGAGUAAAGAAGCUGAACGUAAGGCCACGGAAGAAGCUAUCAGGGCUACUUCUGUUACAGAAUUAUCACGAUUUACAGAUAAUAUUUCCGUUCUUCUUAAGGAAUUCGAUUCGAAAGCUAAAAUUUUCAUACAGAAUACGUUGGAUGAUAUUGAAAUUAAAAUAGAUUUUAUCAAAAAAUCUGGGGUCGAUCAUAUCUCCAAAUUAGAAAUUUUAGUAAAAGAUUAUUCUAGAGAAAAAGACACCAUCGAACGUGUUAAAGAAUUCACUAAACAAUCCAUUAACAAUAUCAAAGGUAUUACCCGAGAGUCUAAUACAAGAGCCGACGAUUUAAUACCGAUUUUAAAUAAAAAAAUAGAAGAAUUAAAAAGAGAGACCGAGGAAACUUUUGAGAAACGAUUGAAUGAGGUAGAAUCUAUUAUCUUUAGCAAAAGAGGCGAUUCUAAUAUUGGUCAAGAAUUAUUUACUGAUAUUGAAAGCAGCGUUACGAGCAUAUCAGAAAGCUUAGAUGAAGAAUAUAAAAAUUAUCAAGCUACAAUCACUAAUGAAAUUGUUAAAAUUGAAGAAAAGAAAAAUUUAAUAAAAAAGACAGGAAAAGAUGUCGGUAGAGAUAUUAUUCAAAAACAAAAUCUAUUAAUCAAAAAUUUAAGCACAAAAAAUAAAGUUACAGAGCAAAAGUCUGGUCAGGAACCAGAAACACCAAAAAUUAUUGAUUCUACAAAAAAAGAUGAUAAUGUAAUUAAAUCAUCUAGCGAUCCCGUUUUAGAGCACUUAAAGAAAGGAUAUGAUCCAGUUUUAAUUAAGCUCAAUAGGGAAUAUAAUGAGAAAAUAAAAGGCAAACCAAUAGUAGUUGAAGGGGAGCGUGAAGUGAAAAUUUAA